GGGAUGGCGUAUUUUCUUGCACCGAGUAAUGCGGCGUCGCUGGCCGCUAAGGAGGGCGGAGAUUUCUGUGGUGAAGUAGGGGGAGGGCUCCAAGGAGGCCUCGGGAAGAGCCGGGGUCUGAACUAUAAAGAGAGAAGUUGAUGUGGGCACUGCUUGUCUUGGACCGGCGGCUUGAAGUCUGAGAUCAUCGUGGAACCGUCAGCUUUGAAAUUUAUAAAAUAUGGAGAAGACUCAAGAGAAAGCUGAAAGAAUUCUUCUAGAGCCCUAUAGGUACUUACUUCAAUUACCAGGUAAACAGGUGAGAACCAAACUUUCACAGGCAUUUAAUCACUGGCUGAAAGUUCCAGAAGACAAACUGCAGAUUAUCAUUGAAGUAACUGAAAUGUUGCAUAAUGCCAGCUUACUUAUUGAUGAUAUUGAAGAUAAUUCAAAGCUCCGACGUGGUUUUCCAGUGGCACAUAGCAUCUAUGGAAUCCCUUCUGUCAUCAAUUCUGCCAAUUAUGUCUACUUCCUUGGCCUGGAGAAAGUCUUAACACUUGACCACCCAGAUGCUGUGAAGCUUUUCACGCGCCAACUUUUGGAACUCCAUCAGGGACAAGGCCUAGAUAUUUACUGGAGGGACACCUACACCUGUCCCACUGAGGAAGAAUAUAAAGCCAUGGUGUUGCAGAAGACAGGUGGAUUGUUUGGACUAGCAGUAGGUCUCAUGCAGUUGUUUUCUGAUUACAAAGAAGAUUUAAAGCCACUGCUUGACACACUUGGGCUUUUCUUCCAGAUUAGAGAUGACUAUGCCAAUCUACACUCCAAAGAGUACAGUGAGAACAAGAGUUUCUGUGAAGACCUGACAGAAGGGAAGUUCUCCUUCCCCACUAUUCACGCCAUCUGGUCAAGGCCAGAAAGCACCCAGGUACAGAACAUCCUGCGCCAAAGAACAGAGAAUAUAGAUAUUAAAAAAUACUGUGUGCAGUACCUGGAAGACGUAGGUUCUUUUGAAUAUACUCGGUACACUCUUAGAGAGCUUGAAGCUAAAGCCUACAAACAAAUCGAGGCCUGUGGCGGUAACCCUGCGCUAGUGGCUUUAGUGAAGCAUUUGAGUAAGAUGUUCACGGAGGAAAAUGAAUAAUGGUUGCCAUUCUUCAUUAGACUCAUAGCUUCUUUCAAUUGAAUGGGGAGAGGCUUCCUAUUUAUCUUUUCAAGUACUAGUCUCCCAAAGGAGUAAAUGAGGGUGACAUUGUCAGAAUCCUUUUGCAUAAGAAUACAAACUUGAGGGCUGGAGGGAUGGCUCAGUGGUAAGAGACUGCUCUUCCAGAGGACCCAGGUUUAAUUUCCAGUGCCCACAUAGUUCAUCCCCCAUUUGUAACUCCAGUUCCAGUGAUCUGAUGGCCUCUUCUGGCCUUUGCAGGCAGCAGGCAUGCACGUAAUACACAGACAUACAUGUAACCAAAACAUACAUAUAAGAUAGAUUAUUUUUAAUUUUUUAAAAACACAAUUGAAAUUAUCAGGAACCACAAACACGGGUCUUAGAAAUGUCAUACACUAAAUGUGACCUACUGCCACACGUGUGUUUUGGGUUUGUGAAUAAAAAGGACUUAAUCUUCCAAGAAA